AUGCCUGAAAAUGCCGAUUCUAGGAUAAGUAGAACAGCUAAUUUUCCAUCAUCAUCAUCAUCAUCGACAACUGGCUUCGAAUUACAAUUUAAUAUUAGGAAAUACGAUACCGGUGAACCGAUAACUUUCAAAGUUGAUGGUAAACGAUUUGGGAAAGGACAAGAACGUUGUGUAAGAUCAGAUAUACUUUUUCGAACAUAUAAAUUUCGUUCGGAAGUUAUUUACAAAAUAACUGUGACAACUAAGCCAGCCACUGAAUUUCAUGUGUUGCAUAUAUCAGGAAGUGAUUUGGAGUUACGGCCGGAAAGCAUUGGUGGUGGUGUUUACAGCACAGAAUGGAAUACAACCGGUAGUGAUGUGACCGUUAAUAGAAAACGGGAAUAUAUUACUAUUUGUUUACAGGGUCCUGGAAGGAUAUUGCAACGAAAGCUUCAAGCUAAAUUCUAUCGAAAUGAUAAUAGCCAUGCAGAUUAUGGUGAUAAAUUGGAAGCAUUAAUUUGGAAGUGUGCCAUAGAUGAUGCAGGAAAUAUUACUGUGGUUGAUGAAAUAGUGAAAUGA